AUGGCUACUAUAGCACCAACGCAUGAAGAGGUUAAGCAGUUACGGAGAGUGUCCGCCGACUUGCCCCCGACCCCACCAGAUUCCGACAACAAUAGCGAUGCGGGAAAGCAUGAUGAUCUUGAAGAGGGAGCCAAGUGCGCUGAAGUUGGCUUCCCACUUCCACCACCUACCUCACCACCUACGGAGGUUCUUGAGAUCGACAAGAAGACUCCAGAUGGAUGGCUUCCCAGAGAUCCCAGGCUGAUUCGGCUUACCGGUGUCCACCCUUUCAAUGUUGAAGCUCCCUUGUCCGACUUGUACAAUGAAGGCUUCCUCACGAGUCCGGAGUUGUUCUAUGUCCGCAACCAUGGCGCUGUUCCACAAGUGUCGGACGAGGAGAUUCCGGACUGGGAGUUCACCGUCGAGGGCAUGGUUGAGCACCCUCUCAAACUCUCUUUGAAAGAGCUCAUCGCCAACUACGAGCAGAAAAGCUACCCGAUAACUCUAGUUUGCGCCGGUAAUAGACGGAAAGAGCAAAAUGUUGUUCGCAAGACUAAAGGCUUCUCGUGGGGUGCCGCUGGCGUCUCUACUGCAAUCUUCACCGGUGUCUCCAUGUCCGACCUGCUGGAGAGGGCGAGGCCAAAGCGCGGCGCAAGGUAUGUGUGCAUGGAAGGUGCGGACAAGCUGCCUAACGGCUAUUACGAAACCUCGGUCAAGCUCAACUGGGUAAUGGAUCCUAACAGAGGCAUGAUGUUGGCUCACCGGAUGAACGGCGAGAUGCUCCGACCGGAUCAUGGCAAGCCGUUACGAGCAGUCAUCCCAGGGCAGAUUGGUGGGCGUAGCGUUAAGUGGUUAAAGCGUCUCAUCGUCACAGCGGAGCCUAGCGUCAACUGGUAUCAUGUCUAUGACAACCGAGUGCUGCCGACCAUGGUGUCGCCCGAAGAAAGCGCGAACGAUCCGAAGUGGUGGAUGGACGAGCGCUAUGCGAUUUACGACCUCAGCACGAACUCCGCCAUUGCUUAUCCGGCACAUGAGGAACAGCUAUGCCUGGUGGGCUGCGAGCCGAACUACAGAGUAAAAGGCUAUGCAUAUGGCGGUGGCGGACGUCGCAUUACCAGAGUGGAGGUCACACUUGACAAAGGCAAGACAUGGCGAUUGGCCAACAUCGACUACGCAGAGGACCGAUAUAGAGAAGCUGGGCGAGUGCCAAUGUAUGGAGGAACACUCGACAUAGAGUUCCGUGAGAGCAGCUUUUGCUGGUGUUUCUGGAACAUCGACAUCCCAGUUACGGAGCUUACCUCCGCAAGUGACAUUUUCGUAAGGGCAAUGGACGAAAGCAUGAACGUGCAGCCUCGGGACAUGUACUGGAGUGUGCUCGGCAUGAUGAACAACCCGUGGUUCCGCGUCACUAUUAGCAAGGAGAAAGAUUACUUACGUUUCGAGCACCCAACACUACCCGCUCUCAUGCCUGGCGGCUGGAUGGAACGUAUCAAGAAGGCCGGAGGGAAUCUCACGAAUGGGUACUGGGGUGAGAAGAUAGGUAGCGAAGAGGCGCCCGAACCCGUGACGGAGGCUGCGAGGGAGAUUGUCAUGACGAAGGACGGUCUUACUGAAAUUAUUAACGUUGACGAUUUACGAAAGCAUGAUAAGGAGGACGCUCCAUGGUUUGUCGUUAAUGGCGAGGUAUAUGAUGGUACGGCUUUCCUAAAAGAGCAUCCUGGCGGCGCUCAAAGCAUUGUGUCUGCGGCCGGGCUGGAUAGCACCGAUGAAUUUAUGGCGAUCCAUAGCGAGACCGCAAAGGCGAUGAUGAAAGACUAUCACAUCGGCUCGUUGUCGGAAGAGGGCAAGGCAGCGCUGGCCGGAGGAGAGGUACAACCGGAUCCUUCAGCGGAACCAUCUGCGACCUUCCUGGACUCGCGCACCUGGAAGAAAGCGACUCUACACACCAAAUCUACCGUCUCUUGGGAUACCCGCAUCUUCACGUUCAAGCUUGAGCACGACGAACAAACGCUUGGCUUACCGACGGGUCAACACUUGAUGAUUCGCUUACGAGAUCCUGUAACCCGAGAAGCCAUCAUUCGCAGCUACACGCCGAUAUCCGAGACAAGCAAGGCUGGUUUCAUGGACGUACUGGUGAAGAUCUACUUCGACACGAAAGAGCGAAAGGGUGGCAAGAUGAGCCAGGCUAUGGAUGCCUUACCGAUUGGUCACUUUGUAGACUUCAAAGGUCCCAUUGGCAAGUUUGAAUACCUGGGAGGUGGCAAGUGUUCGGUCAGUGGUAUGGAAAGGAAUGUCAAAACAUUCCUCAUGAUCUGCGGUGGCAGCGGUAUCACGCCCAUUUACCAGGUCUUCCGAGCUGUAAUGCAAGACGCCGAAGACAAGACAAAGUGCGUCAUCCUUAACGGAAACAGAUUAUUGGAAGAUAUCCUAUGCAAAGCGGAUCUUGAUACGUUUGCGAAGGACAACAAGGAGAAGUGCGAUCUGCUCUAUACACUUACCAAAGCGCCGGAAGAUUGGGAAGGCCUGCGAGGCCGAAUUGCAGCGCCGUUGCUGAAACAGCAUGCCGAUCGGGCAUCAUUUGGCAGCGGCGAUGCUAUGGUGCUGGUAUGUGGGCCCGAAGCGUUGGAGAAAAGCGUACAUCAAGCAUUGCUGGAGAUUGGCUGGACGGACGACGACCUGAUGUUUUUCUGA